CCCCCCGAGUCCUCUCCUCGGGGUUCACGACCUUCCUCCGUUCCAUCACAGUGGUGCCGUGCAAGUUUGUGAUCGAUCUUAUCCUCCUCGAUAUUGUUCAAACAAAGCUCACUGUACACUUGGCAACGAACCGAUGACCCCUGCGCUAUCUCUAGAUGAGACCCAGUCGGAACCGGUCAUCGGCCCAUCGACAAUACCGAAUCAAGAACCCCUUCCUGAUGAACCCGGCCAGCAAGACGGUCAAGAGGGAAUGCAGAUCGAUGGCCCGCCGGAGUCAUUGAAUCCUCAAUCGGAACCUUGCUCGGCUCCGCUUAAUCCUCCACCUAAUCCGACCAGGGUCGUUCAUCUCGCCUACAAGAUUUCUACUAGUCAAUCCGAUGCCGCUCAUGAGCCUACGAUACCAGUCCCACCAAUCGACAUUGGUUUUGAAAAUCUGAGCUUUAAAAGCUUCAAGGAGCGUGUCUUCGAUCAGUUUCGCUCGCAUCAGCCGAUCUCCCACCUGUUCCAAGUCUUGGUCAAGGCAGAUGCAUCGGAGGAAAUCGAUUGGAACUAUUCAAUCAGCUCUCCUUUGGAUGCAAGUCGCACCUGGAGUUUGACCACUCGCUUCAAUUGGGCGUUCAGCAGGUUUCUGGUCGCUGCUAAGUGCUUCCCAUCCGAUGCAAAUAUUUCGGUCGAGCUCAGGAUCGUUCUACCGAAAUCAGAUGAUGAGCCAGCGAAGUUAGGACAACAUGCCAUUCCACCAGAAACCUCCACGCCUGACGUCCAACCUUCCCGCACGAAGCCUGCCUCUCCUGCACGUACCAAUCCCGCGGAAAACCAACCAACGCCCCCCACACCCGCUCCUAGAGCUAUACCAGCUGAAGAAAUACCACCACAAGAGUUGCCACAAGAGGAAAGACCGCCACAAGAUUUGCCACAAGAGGAAAGACCGCCACGAGACAUGUCAAUACUGGACUUUAUGGAAUUCUGCCAUAUACCUCGCGACGACACAUAUGUUCUGGCCCUCUUCACCUUGCAUCAAAUUCACCACUGGAGCGUAUUCGAACGCGUCUCUGAAGAGCGAUUGUUGGCCCUUGGCUUCCCAGUUGGACCGGCUCGACAUCUCACGAUGGGAGUGGCUGAACACUUAACCACACGAACUCACAUCCCCACACAUGCCCCCGAUCUACCACGAGAGAACAUGACGAUGGCCGAGUUCCUCCGAUUCUGCCAUAUCCCUCCCGAUGACAAACAUACCCAGGCUCAAAUCACCUUCCAUGAGAUCUGUCAUUGGACCGUGUUCCAGUACAUGUCGGAGGAUGAAUUGCUAAGGCUGGGAUUCGCAUUUGGUCCCAGUCGGUUAAUAACCAGGGGCGUCGCAGAAGCCAGACGCAAAUUGAGAAGAAACCGAUCGCCUUCGUUUGAUCACUUCAUGGGUUGAUGAUAUGUAAUUGUAUUGGAGUGAUUCUCAAGAAUAUAAGCUUCAAAAAAAUGUCCCGGAAAGAUACCGCUGAGAAACCACGCCUAAUUAAUUGGAAAUGUUCGACUUCUCACAUCGCAUUGAACAUUACUAAAGUUAGCUUGCACACAUGAAUACAAUGGUUUUUGCUUUUUUUUUUCUAAAAUGAUUCCUCGGCUUACAAUAUCCAUUUACAAGUAACACUUGCUCAAAGUAUUCUGGGAAAAAUGUCAAGCCAAAAAUGAGGCAAUGUGAAACAAUCGCCAAAUCAAUUCGAAUAUACUUGGGAUCCAGCUUUCAUUCACAAAUGACGCAGGAAAUCCUACUGAAGUCACAGCAUGCAAGUUACACAUAAAUCAAC